AUUCCAGGGAAUGCAAGAGAACGUGCUAAUUGUGAUAUAUUUACUUCUGAUUCACGUCCAAGCGCUUCCUUUUCGAAUCGACAACGUUCGGUUCUCCACCGGGCAGAAACCCCGACCAGAUGGUCCACGACGUGAAAGACCUACUCGUUCAACUGUUACUUUCGACAAACAUGGACCGAUUCGAGGCUUGAAGUUUAAUGGGACAGCUGGUCAGGAGCUAUCACUCAGCAUGGCCAUGCUGGACAAAAUAUGGAAGCCAGAUACGUAUUUCUGGAAUGGCGCACGCUCCUACACACACAGUAUAACGACCAGCAACUGCCUUGUUAGAUUGCAUCCGGAUGGUACAGUUCUGUACAGCAGCAGGCUCACUAUCAA